AUGAACUCCAGCCACAGCCUCAGCCAGACCCCCUCGGGCUUCCUCCAUGGCAUAGGAGGAAGCCAAGGCCGGCCUGGGAGCUUCCCCCGAGCUCCCAGCGUCCAUGGUGGUGCAGGGGGCAUCCACAUCUCCCUGUCCUACACCAGGCCAAGCUACUUGCCCUGUGGAGGGUCAUGGGGGUCUGGAACAGGCAGUUUCCUCCUAGGUGGAAAUGGGAAGGAAACAAUGCAGAACCUCAAUGACCGCUUGGCCUCCUACCUAGAGAAGGUGCGGGCACUAGAAGAGGCCAAUGUGAAGCUGGAAAGUCACAUCCUGAAGUGGCAUCAGCAAAGGGAUGCCGGCAAGAAGCAAGAUUACUCUCAGUAUGAAGAAAACAUCCAUCAUCUGCAGGACCAGAUAGCAGGUGAUAAAAUGGCCAAUGCUCAGAUCACUCUACUCAUUGACAAUGCCAGGAUGGCAAUGGACGACUUCAGCCUCAAGUAUGAAAAUGAACACUCCUUCAAGAUAGAUUUGGAAACUGAAGUUGAGGGUCUCCGAAAGACUUUGGACAAUCUGACCAUCGUCACGACAGACCUGGAACAGGAGGUUGAGGGAAUGAGGAAAGAGCUCAUCCUCAUGAAGAAGAACCAUGAGCAGGAAAUGGAGAAACAGCAUGUGCCUAAUGACUUCAAGGUCAAUGUGAAGGUGGAUACACGCCCAGGGGAAGAUCUCAUUAAGAUUCUGGAGGAUAUGAGACAGGAAUAUGAGUUUAUAAUAAAGAAGAAGCAUCAAGACUUGGAUAACUGGUUUAAAGAACAGUCCACAGUUAUGUCCCAGGAGGUGGCCAGUCCAGCAGUUGUUCAGAGCAGCCAAAGUGACAUCCAUGAGCUGAAGCGGACUUUCCAGGCCCUAGAGAUUGACCUGCAGACGCAGUGCAGCAAGAAAUCUGCUUUGGAAAACAUGUUGCUGGAGACCCAGGCUCGGUAUUCGUGCCAGCUCCAGGAUAUGCAACAGAUCAUCUCCCACUACGAGGAGGAACUGGGGCAGCUCCGCCAUGACUUGGAGCGUCAGAACACCGAAUACAAGGUCCUUCUGGGCAUCAAAACCCACUUAGAAAAGGAGAUUGCCACCUACCGCCAGCUUCUGGAAGGAGACAGUGAAGGGAUAAUGGAAGAGUCUAAGUCAAGUGUGAAAGUGUCUACAGCUCCAACGAUCAAGGCCAUCACACAGGAGAGCGUCAAUGGAAGAAUAGUUCUUUCUCAAGUGAACGAGAUCCAAAAGUCUGUGUGA